CAGGUUUCUUAGGAAGUGGAUUAUAAUCAUAAAAAUCAGAGCACCAUACCUGCCUUACAGCACUCCUGCCUGCUGACUGUGAGACAACUCAUCAUGCCUAGGGGCAACAAGAGCAAGGGCCGCUCCAGGGCCAAAAGGCAGCAGACUCGGGGAGAGAGGCAGAAUCUCCAGGGUGCUCAGUCCGCUGCAGAGGAGGAAGCAACAUCGCCCCCUCUUGGCCAGGGGGAUGACCCCAGCUCCCCUGAAGGCCGCACUCCUCAGGGGUCUCAGGAGGCCAUGCCCCACGGCUCUCCUGAGUUAGAUGUGCCCCGCUCAAUCUAUGAUGUUGGUGCUGAGGGUUCUGAUGUUGGUGCUGAGGGUUCUGUUGCAAGUGCUGAUGAGACAAGUGCUGUCAGUGCUGAAGGUUCUGGUGCUGGUGCUGGUGCUGGUACCGAGGAUUCUGUUGCAGAUGAUGACAGACGUGCUCAUGCCUCCAAGAUAGCAGCUGCCAUUCUGUCUGCACGCAGAGAUCCUCUGACCAGGAAGGCCAAUGUAUUGAUAGAGUUCAUGCUGGAGAAAUUUAAGGUGAAAAAGGCCUUCACACAGGCAGAUAUGCUUAGGAAGAUCAGCAGGAAGUACAAGAUGCACUUCACUGAGAUCCUCAGGAGAAUCUCUGUGCGCCUGGAGUUGGUCUUUGGCCUUGAGUUGAAAGAAGUAGAUCCCAGUUCUCAGUCAUAUAUGCUUGUGAGCAAGCUGGGUCUCUCCACCGAGGGAAGUCUGAGUAACAGUACUGGGUUGCCUAAGACAGGGCUCCUGAUGACCCUCCUGGGUGUGAUCUUCAUGAAGGGGAACCGUGCCACUGAGGAAGAUGUUUCGGAAUUCCUGAAAGUAGUGGGGAUUUACCCUGGGAAGAGUCAUGUAAUUUUUGGGGAGCCCUGGGAGUUCAUCACCAAAGAUUUGGUGAAGGAAAAUUAUGUGAUAUACCGCCAAGUUCUUGGCAGUGAUCCCCCACGCUAUGAGUUCAGGUGGGGUCCCAGAGCCUAUGCUGAAACCACCAAGAUGAAAGUCCUGGAAGUUGUAGCUAAGAUCAAUAACACUUUCCCCAGUUUCUUCCCUAGUAUGUAUGAAGAGGCUAUGCUUGAUGAGGCUAAUAGAGCAGCACGGCGAUUUACAGCUGUGCCUGGCAAUGCUGUUGAUAUCAGUGAUAUCAGGGAAGUUAGGGCUCAUCAUCGCAAGUGCAUGGCUCACAGCUCCUCCCACACUUAGUUGGAUUUGAGAUAUAGUUUGUAUUGUGCUGAAGAGUAGUCAGUCUCCUAUGUAAUGAAAUGUAAUUUGGGCUAUAAGUAAUAAAGUUUGUAUCUUAUCUUUCUGCAAUACAUGAGAAAAUAUAUGUAUUUUUUUCUUUGCGAUUUUGUAAAUGUUCCUUGAAUCGAGGAUUAGCUUGCUUCAUAAUUUGCUUCUUAACAUUGUGCCUGACAUACGUAUGAGUGUUUCUCGUGUUUAAGACCAAGAGUUUGGCUAUUA